GCACGCGGCCGGGCGGCGGGACUGCAGCCCGCGGGCGCCGGGCGCGCCGACUCCAUCCCCGUCGCGGUCCCCAGUUUCCUGAAUUUGUGGAAGGCCCUGGUGUUCCCAAAGAAGCAAUUGCUAGGAGAAAUCUGAAGAUCAGCUCCAAGAACAAAGAAAAAAAAAAUCAAUGAGUUAAUGAUAAGAAGGUUUUCAAUCAGCUCCUGCUAUGUGGAUAUUUGUUAGCAAUGACUGAUGUGGAAACUACAUAUGCAGAUUUCAUUGCUUCUGGAAGAACAGGUCGAAGAAAUGCAAUACAUGAUAUCCUGGUUUCCUCUGCAAGUGGCAACAGCAAUGAAUUAGCCUUGAAAUUAGCUGGUCUUGAUAUAAACAAGACAGAAGGUGAAGAUGACGGGCAGCGGAAUGCCACAGAGCAAAGUGGGGAGGCCCAGGGAGAAGCAGCAAAACCUGAGAGCUAACACUCCACUUUGACCUCCACCAACUCCUGACAAUGUGGCAAAGUUCCAGGCAUUGCCAGGAUGCAUUCGUUUCCAUGAGUGAAAAGGGGGAAAAGAAAAUGGCUGCUCUGCAUUGCCAGAAGUUAUUCAUUGUCAUGUUAGAAACGGGGGCAGAGCCUGUGGCUGCAGACAGACUUUUCUCUACCUCUGUCAUUAGCAAUGGUUGAAAUCACUGGCCUGUGUUUGGAUGCCAUGUUUGUAUGGAUCCUUUCACUUGACCAUACAGUGAAAUGCUUGUAGAGAGUAGCACUGAUCUAGAUGAUGAUUCCUGUAGCAUCUGGCCCCUCACCAUGUCAGAGGAUUUAAUUGUGUCUAAUUGCAAAGGGUUGGUUGAACCCCAGAGUUGAAAUAGCUCUGGCUGGAAUAUUCACCCAGUAAAUGAACCAUCCAGAAAGCACUGUUUUUAGCAUUCUGUACCCGUGUGUUAGUUCUGUGUUAUUACACUGUUCUGUAUUGUACAGUAUAGCCGCUCAGCACUGCCCCUUCUUUGAUCGCUUAUGUAAAACAAAAUGAUAUACAUUACUGUGAAUUUUUAUACCACUAAUUUUUAAAAGGGCUGCCUUUUAUUUUUAACUUUCCAUAGUGUCAUGGUGUAUAGAGGAAAACACACAUCUUUUUCAAAACAUUUUCCUCUUGAUAACUGUAUGCUGACGAAUUGAUUAAUACCAACAGAUUCAUAAAGACUCCUUUGCUUUAUUAUACAGGCAUUUGAAAAUAUCUAUUAAUGUAAAUAUUAUCUGAAUUCAGUCUGCAUGGCAUCUGCACAGACCAGAAUUCAGUCUGUCAAUUUUGUUACUAUUCCCAAAUGGAGACAUUUUCUCAACUGACAUUUCAAUUUUUAAAAUUGAGAAAGUAGAAAAGGAAAGCCAGAAAAUACUAAGAACUGGAAACAUGUGACUGUGUGGAAUGAAUUUUCUAAUAAUGCUGUGUGCUACUGUAAGAGUCUGGAAGACAGCUUCUGCCCACCAAGCUGAACAGGAUGGAGAAAGUCAUCUCCUCCCAUCAGGUGGAUGCCAAUCACAAAAGUGAAGCUCUUGUGUUGUGUUUUUAUUUUUGUUAUAUGUGUGUGACUUUCUUCAGCCCUAUCAGAUCCAAAUGUUAUUAUGCACUUUUUAAUGUUUGUAAACUUUUCCUAAUAUUUGGUGUGAAUUGCAUUCUGAUACAAUAAUUAUAACUAUUAGAACCUAACCAAAUUUCAUUGAUGCUAUUGAUGGCCUAUGCUGUAUUUUGACAUCAUGGUUCUUGUAUGGAAAGUUUCCCUAAGCUGUGUAAUCCCUCUGCUCAGUGUUAUAAGAUCAUUUGUCCGUGGUAAUAAAUAAAGGGCCAGACAUAUGCCCAUGGUUCAUGAAUUAUGGGGAAAUGGCAAAAACAGUGGAAGGUCUUUACAACCAGAGAACUCCCAUGGCAGUCCUGGGGUUACAUACAGAUGAAGUAGAUAUAGCAGCAUUUCAACAGGAAUGUGUGUGGGUCUGACAGGAAUCCAGCCUUUCUCUAUAGCUGUAGGUGAAAAAGCAGUCUGCCCAUCCUUACAUCUACAUUACUUUUUCACUAACUAAUAUUGACUGAUAGUAUAUUAAUCUCACUUGGCCCCUGACUAGAUGUUUUCCAGGAAAAAAAUAUUGUUAACAAUGUGUCUCUCUGAAUAUAUGAAAAAGGUAUAAAUUAAUUGCUAGAGGAUGUGCUUCUAUCUAACUCAGCAGCAGCAAAAAUGUCCAGAAAAAUUUAAACAAAUCAACUCAUUAAUAGACUCAAAGGUGAGAAUAGAAGUUCCAGGAACUAUUUAGACAAUCUCAUUUUAAAACAUCCAACUGCUACAAUUGGUUUUCACUGUCUUCAUUUACUAUCCAGAAAGCUUUCUUGUGAAUAUGAAGUUCUCCUCUUUGUUAAAGUCGUGGAAUUCCAAAGUGAUAUGUGAUUUUGUAAAGUUUAGAACCAGUGCUGAGUAUAUGUGGAAAGUUUAUAUCCUUGUGUUAUAUACUAUUACUAAUGCAUGUGGUGCCAUGCUUGUCUUUAAAUAUAUAAAUAAUGCUAAAUUGAGAAGUCAUGGAGCUUUUGAUUGAACGCUUACUGUUCUUCUGUUGUUGUUAUAUUCAAACCCAACAGCAUUCUUAAACUGGUAAGAAACAAAUUGACGUUCUAAAAUACUCACAUACUACAAAUUUUGCUUGGCAAAAGUAUACAGUAUCUCCCCAUUUUUAUUUUAAUGUGGUACUUGCAUGUCAGUAACACUUACAAAUGAAUCUCUAAGGACAGAAAAAAGGAUAAGGAACAAGACUGACCUGGUAAUAGGCAACAGCAGUCUGUUAACCAGCUGUCCCAAGUAAUCACUGUCCAGCACCCACUAAGCCAACCCUCCAACAUGCCAGCUAGAAUCACAGCUUUAACCUCUUUGCCCCUUACGAUUUAAAGUAGGUUUUUAAAGCUUAAAUUAAAUUAAGAUUUGAUUCCAUAUUUGUUUGUCACCAGAUUUUUUAAUCCACAUGCUAUAAUUGUGAAGCCAUUUCCACAGUUUGUUUCUCUGUAUGGAAAAUUUUACAGGUAAACAAGAGGAGGAAAGUGAGUUCCAAAAGCGGCUUCCCUUUCCCAAGGUUACUGAUAUGGAUUAAUGACACAAAUGUGGCUAAAUACUAGAAAUAUACAUUUUUCUUCAAAAAGAAAAUUUAAUUAUACUCUAUUAAGGGUAUACUUCCUAUAAGAUAUUUUUCUAGCAUGUAAAUUAUACAUUUAGCAUGGGUCAUACUUACUAUGUUUUAUGCUAACUCAGUUUUUUUUUUUAAACCCUGAAACAUAAAGACUUGAGUUUGUUUUGUAUUCAUUUGCAAUGAGUAUGAGGUUGUCAGACUUAACACUUUGUUAGCCAGUGUAUAUUAUGCCAACAUAUGUUUUUCCAAAAUUCAUAGAUAAAAUGCUUUUCAAAGCCAUAACAGAAAUUAUGGCCUAUAUUUUUUAGAAAAUACCCGCACAGUGACCCACUGUUCAGGCCCUACUCCUGAGCCUUCCUCAGACAUAGCAAGGCACCACUUUUAGAAGGCAAAUGAUAUUGCUGUUUCUCCUCUGAGGAAACAUAAAAAAUGUAACUGCAGCGAAGCUUGUGAGUGAAACUUGUAGCUAUAGAGGAAAAAGAUGUAGUCAACAAGUGAAAACAAAAAAAUGAUAUCAUUUAUGAUGUUGUAAUGGCCCUAAAUUGUUUUCUAAUUAAAAGAGUGGCAGCUUCUGAAAUCAUCUGUGAGCUUCUAUGACUUUUGUAUUUAGCAAUGUUGCAUGCUCACAUAAACUGAUAUUAAAAGGAGCACGUUUUUCUGAA